AUGAGAGCAGGUGUAACUUCCGACACUCUUCCAGCUACCCCGAAGAAGGUUCCGCCUACCCCCAACGUUACCCCAGCAUCAACUCCUGCUACCUCAGCCACCAACUCCCCAGCAACUAUCCUCAGCGAUAGCAUCAAGAAGACCAAGAAGACCAGAGAGAUGGCUAGGCAACAUGCUUCACGACCUGAGAAGCGUCACCCGAUGCGCUGGACUGAUGAGUCGGACAAGAAGCUGCUCUUGGCCAUGUAG